UUAAACACACAAGAAAUCAAAAAAAAGGAAAAAGAAGAAUCAAACCCCAGCUAAAUAAAGCAAAAAAGCCAAAUAUAUACCUCAUUCUGUAUCUACAUGUCUCUCCUUUCCCUCUUUAUUGAGCCCUUUUUUUCACUUCAAUGUCCAACCCCUUUUUUGCACGCAUUUAAAUAACACUCCAGUGUUACUUAACUCGGACUUUUUUGAUCUGGGGACUCAGUUUUAUUGAUUUUGGGAAGUGGUUGAGAUCAGAGUUGAAGAUUAGUUCUCAAUUUGUGUUGGGUUUCUUUUAAAAUUUGUUGGGUUUCUUUUAAAAUUUGUUGGGUUUCUUGAAAAAUGGAGGAAAGAAUGAAGAAGUAUAGGCAAGUGAGCCCAGAAAGAGCAAAAGUUUGGACUGAGAAAUCACCAAAGUAUCAUCAGCAACAGCCUCGUAGGAAAGUUUCUGUUGUUUACUAUUUGUCAAGAAAUAGGCAGCUUGAGCAUCCUCAUUUCAUUGAGGUUUCUCUCUCUUCCCCUGAUGGCCUUUAUCUUAGAGAUGUGAUUGAUAGGCUUAAUGUACUGAGAGGAAGAGGGAUGGCCUCAAUGUACUCAUGGUCUUGCAAGAGAAGCUAUAGGACUGGAUUUGUGUGGCAUGAUCUUUGUGAAGAUGACUUAAUUCAUCCUGCUCAUGGAAAUGAAUAUGUUCUCAAGGGUUCUGAACUCUUCGAUGAACCUAAUUCUGUUCAUUUCAGCCCUGCUGGAAAUAUAAGAUCGCAUAAUUUGAAACAAUUACCCGAUCCUGCAUUUUCCAGAAGCCAAGAUGAUUCUCCUUCAUCUGAAACCUUGACUGAAAGAGAUACUAAACAGUCUCUGGAUGAUGAGCUCUCUCCUCCAGUUCAGCGUUCGAGUUCAUCCGUAGUGUCUCCAGAUUCAAAAGUUGGGAAAGCUUCACCUUCUAGUGGUUCCUUAAGUUUGACAGAGUAUAAGAUAUACAAAAGUGAGGGCUUAGCUAAUGCAUCAACUCAGACGGAGGAUAAUAUGAGUAGACCUCGAGAAACUUGUACUAGGGGUGUUUCAACAGAGGAUGUAUCUGUAGGACAUGAGCACAAUGAUGCUCAUCAAAUUCCGGCUCAAUGUGUGAAAGAGACUUCUGAGAUUUGCAGAGAUCCUGUUUCUCCGCCGACAUGCUCAUCCAGUGCUUCAUCAUCUGGUGGUAAGACAGACACUUUGGAAUCUUUAAUUAGAGCUGAUGCUAGUAAAUUUAAUAGCUUUAGGACACUAAGAGAAGAUGAAAUGGGGACGCCACCCCACAUGAAGCUCAAGGCUUCCAAUAUGCUGUUGCAAUUGAUCUCUUGUGGAUCGAUCUCAGUUAAAGAUCACAAUUUUGGCCUCAUUCCUAACUACCGUCCAGGGUUGUCAGCGACAAAAUUUCCAUCUCCCUUGUUCUCUACAUCAGUAAUGUUUGGAGAUCUUGACUGCUUGUCAGAGAAUCCAAGGCUUAUGAGUCAGAGGAUGGAGGAUAAGGAAUACUUUAGUGGAAGCUUGGUAGAGACAAGUAUGCCAAAAGAAGGACUACCUUCUUUAAAACGAUCCUCCUCCUACAACGACAGGACUUGUGAUCUCUCAAAAGAUUCAGUUGAGGAUAAAGAGAAGUCAACAAGCUCGAAGUGUAUACCUCGAGCAAUCAAAGUUUCACUUGGUAAACAACCAAAAAGUGAAUCGAUGAGGUCUCCUGUUUCAGAAGGACCAAGAGUAUCAUCAUCUGAUAGAGUCCACAGUGCAAGAAUUACGUCACCUUGUGUAUCCAAUGCUGGAAGUGGAAGAAUUACAGAUCCUGGCAUGAAGCAAUCAAAAAAAGCCGACUCCUUUAGGAGUGAGAAAGACAGUGUGAUCAAAAUCGAAGAAAGCUUGCUUCAGGAGCUCGGGUUAUAAUUCACUCACAAGCACCAUAAGAUUUUGAAGAUCACCUUGUAGAUGCUAAUUUCGAAGGUCACGUAUUCGUAUGUGAUACAUCUUGCUGUCUCUUUAACACUAGAUUCAUUAUACCAUAUACAUGAGAAAGCUGUUAGCUGGUCUUGCUCAGGUGUUCAUAUCAGGAAAGUGAAAACUUGCCGGUUUGCAGAGAGAAGCUUGUAGUUGUUCAAAUGUCGGGCUAGUGUAUUUUUUCCCUAACCAUUCUACAAAGUUCUUGGUCGGUUUUCUAAUCUAAUGUCUUUUACCUUUUCUAACAGUUAGAUGUAGUAAUUCAGAUAUGAUCGGAUCCCAUUCCCAGGUGAAUCAUAUGUUUUUCAGAUAUAA